AUGGCUGCAGAUAUGCAGGCGAUAGCCGAGGCCCUGGGCAAUAAGAUAAACCAGGGUAAUCACCGAAACAAUAAUGAUGAGGACGGUCCUAUGACACUUGCUACAUUUUUGAAAGUUCACCCUCCGACCUUUAGGGGAACCUCAAAUCCCACUGAUUUGCAAGGUGAGGCUCAGUAUUGGUGGCAGGGAACACGACGUAUCUUGCAGCCUGAUGGUGCUGCGAUUCCUUGGGAGGUUUUUCGGACAGAGUUUUAUAAGAAAUGCUUUCCUAAUUCAGCUAGAAAUGCCAAGGAACUUGAAUUGAUGCAAUUAAAGAAGGGCCAGAUGACUGUUACUGAGUAUACUAGCAGGUUUGAGGAGUUAUGUCGCUUUUCUCGUAUUUGUCAAGGUGCACUUGAAGAUUUUAUUGAAUCGAAGUGUAUUAAGUAUGAGGGAGGUCUUCAGAGCGAUAUUUUGAGCUUCGUAGCUCCAAUGGAGAUCAGAGUAUUUUUUGAAUUGGUGAAUAAGAGUAGGGUGGCUGAGGAUUGUGUGAGAAAGGCGGCAGCAGAGAAAGGAAGUUUGAGGGUGCCUUUCCAGAGGCCUUCAGGGAGGAACUUUGCUCCGAGAGGUAGGAAUUUCAAGCGUGGAGGAUUUGUUCCGCAGAAGACUUAA